GCCAAUGAAAUCAUUCAGAACACGGCUGGCUGCCGGGGUUACGAUAGGCAGAAUAACAUAGUGAAAUAAUUAAUCCCAAAAUAUUAACCAUGUGAUGGAGGAUUAAAUUACCAAAGAGUAGUUUUCAUCAUGAGGACGAAGCUUUCGAAUAGACAGCCUACUCGAUAUAGGGGAAAUAUGUAGUAGACUACGAACAGAACGGAAUGCAUAGCAGAGGUCAGCUGUGGGAGUCAGUCGCCCCCGCAGUUUUCUGAGCAAAGGAUGAAGUUACAGAGGAGGAAGCCAAACGGUGAAUAUUCCACUACGGGCAACUAGCAAACUACAUUGGUAUGAAUGGUCCACACACAAUGCGGUAUUUUAUACGGCUAUGCUUUGGGGUUUGAAUUCAUGCUAGCCUAUAUCUUUCAGACUUUUUAAUGGCUAAAGAUUAUGCAUAGCUAAAUAUAUGAAAUGCAUAUUUUUUCUGGUGCAUUUCUACAUAUAAAGCUUCACACGUGCCCCCCCAAAAUAAUUUCGUUAAUAUGUGAUUUCAGUAUCCUUUAUAUGGAUGUACGGGAGUGGAUAUUGGUACAGCAACAUGUUUGUUAUAGCAAACCUGGGUUAUUGACAAAGGCUAAGCAAAUCAUCACGGGCUGCCAUCUGCCAGGACCCCCACUUUUGAAUUGAACAAUGACUGGACCCAACGCCACUAGCACUAGUUCACCUGCAGCUAAAAUGGGGAGGCACCGAUCCAAAAGCACCAGUGGCAGUACGUACUGCAUCUCGAGCCCGGGUGCUGAAUCUGCCUCCCUUAGCACCCCCAACAACACUGGACGUUCAUCGGGAGAGGAAGAGGAGAAAGAUGGGGGGGUGCUAUUUUACGUGAACAGAACUGGUUUUCCCAUUGACGGUGUCACUUGGGAGAGGAUGUGGACUCAUGUGGCCAAAGUACACCCUGAUGGACAAGACAUUAGCAAGAUAAGGAAUGCUGCAUACCUUCCUAAACACCCUGUGCCAUCGGUCCCCAACUUCAAGCCCACCAUGUCUGUCCCUGAUUGGCUGCUGUCCAUCCAGAACUAUAUGAAGACACUGCAAUACAAUCACACAGGAACUCAGUUCUUUGAGAUAAGGAAAACUAGACCAUUGUGUGGGUUGAUGGAGACUGCGAGGGAAAUGAUCAGGGAAUCUCUUCCAAUCAAAUGCCUUGAAGCUGUCAUCCUUGGAAUCUACCUGACCAAUGGGCUGACCUCGGUGGAGCGUUUUCCCAUCAGCUUCAAGACCCAGUUCUCAGGUAACCACUUCCACCACGUGGUGCUGGGCGUCUACUGCAACGGACGCUAUGGCACACUGGGCAUGAGUCGCCGCCAAGACCUCAUGGACAAGGCCCUGACCUUCCGCACGCUCAGCGACCUGGUGUUGGAGUUCGAGGACUCGUACCGCCGCUACCAGCACACCCUGAAGAAGGUGAAGAUCGGCCUGUACGUGCCCCACGACCCGCACGUCUUCCAGCCUAUCGAGUGGAAGUACCUGGUGCUCAACGCCGCCCGUCUGGGGAGAGAGGACAUGAGGAAGGAGCUGGAGAAGCAUGGCCGAGACAUGAGGAUGAAGAUCUUGAAGUCGUCAAGUGCCCAGUCUCCCAUCAAAGAACGGAGCAGAGGCAAGUCUCUCUCCCCCCGCCGCCGACAGAGCAGCCCCCAAAGACGCCACAUCCACCGGAGAGACAAGUCUCCUGCGGCUCUGGAUCGAAAGCCUGCAGAACUCAGCACUUUGACCGACGGCUACCAGAUCCGCAUCUGAGACUCCUUGGAACUGGACUGCAUUCUCCUGGUCUCCACUCUGACCACCCAGUCCGCCUCACACACCCUCAAAUAUAUUCACCUGACAUUGUGUAUAUCAUAAUUAUAAAGUAUUUAUAGGGUUUUGCCAGCCUCUUCUGUAGGGUGAAGAUGAUGACAUUAUGCUCAGUGCUAAACUGGAGGCUGACAUCCAGUAGGAACAAGUACAUUGAAUAUAUCAAAGGUAUAUAUUUCCUGUCCUUCAUGACCAGACGAACAAAAGCCUGAACAAGAGGUGUGUUUCAUUAUACACCUCCACACAUGCAUUAGCCACAUACAUUUGCAUACAUAUCUAUUAUGUUUUUAAUGAAGGACUGAUGCCUAAAUUGCAUGAAGACAUCAUAUCAAGACCUCUCAUGUGUUUAGAGAAGUACAUAUGUUGGAUUCUCUACAUGGUUUUUAAAAAUCCGUUUUUGUAUAGCCUGUGUGCUUUUGUGUAGGAGAGCAACAGUCACAUUUCAUUUACUUUUACAAUGUGAAGAUUCAUUUUUAAAAACAGAGUCUGUGGGUUAAACAAAAAUAGCCGACAGUAUGCUGACGUUAUGUAAAAAGGAUCAAAUAGUGUGACUGAACGGAAUAUAUAGAAUAUAUAGACUGAAUGGUUGUUGGAAUGCCUAAGCCUGUAGAGGAUGUUAAGUAGUUAUCUGCUGGGCUGAGCUGUAGUCCGUGUGAUGAUGUGGGAAAUGAAAGGGUGAGGGGAGAAAUAAGAGAGAGAAGAGUUGGAGGAAACAGGAGGUACUGUAGGCUUGAGGUGAGGGGAACAGAGAGGGGCCAAAGACCAGGGCAGUCAAGCAGAGAGCCUGCUGAGUACUCUGCUAAACCCCAGCCCUGACACUGCUUCUCGGUUAGAUUAUCCCCCCCUGUCUCUGUCUCUAUAGACCCUCCUCUCUCACAGAUACAGUGCUGGGCCCGGUUUCCCAAAAGCAUUUUAAGGCUAAGUUCAACAUUAGAACCAUCGCUUAAGAUGCUUUUGGGAAAUCUGGCCCAGAUCAAUUAAUCUUUUAAGGAAAUCAAAGCUUGUGACAAUGAUGCUUUGGAGCUUAGCCAGAACAUUACCUUUUUAAUCCCAAGAGAAUUUGACCGUGACGUGUUGCUUCAAAUGUCAACUCUGUUACACCUCAGCAUACAGACGUAUACGAAAACAUGUAUGAUAAUAUUAUGUAGCUCCUAACCUGAGGCCUUUCUGAAUCCUAUCACAGAAUCUUGAAGUUAAGAAUGCAAACACUGAACUGAACACCACAAGACAGACACAUCAGUCAAAUCAAGGCUUCUAUGCCAUCUCAACUGCCAUGAUGCGGUGUUGAAGAUUGUUUCCAUUUUUUUUUGUAGUAUUCAAAAGUCAGCAGAUAUCCAGGAGGGUGCCAACUGAACAAUAUAACAUUUUUAUAGCUUUUGGUUAAACAAGCUAUGCACAUCAAACGGAAAUGAUAAAUCAUUGUAUGUCUUCCUCAAUCUAAAUAGUUCCGAGAUUGCAGCAGAAUUGAAAUCCGGUCUCAUUUUCUUGAAUCCUGAAUGAGCUGAGAACAUAUCAGUUCUUGUGUUUCUAAUUAACAUUUUUUAUUCUAACGAUCACAUUGUGAAUGGUGCUGCUAGUCUGACGGCAUACCAUCAAGGCCAACACUAUUGGUACCAGCCGUCUGAAAGACUAUAAGCACAAAAUAACCAGCUUAAUAUACAUGGCCAAAAGUAUAUGUAUUGGUGAAUUUGGCUGUUUCAGUCACACCCGUUGCUGACAGGUGUAUAAAAUCGAGCACACGGCCAAGCAAACUCCAUAGACAAACAUUGGCAGUAGAAUGACCAAUACUGAAGAGCUCAGUGACUUCAAUGUGGCACUGUCAUAGGAUGCCACCUUUCCAACAAGACAGUUUAUCACAUUUCUGCCAUGCUAGUGCUGACCCAGUCAACUGUAAGUGCUGUUUUGGGAAGGUGAAAUGUGCUGAAGCCCGUAGCACGUGAAAAUGGUCUGUCCUCGGUUGCAACACUCACUACCGAGUUCCAAACUUCCUCUGGAAGAGGCAUACAGUAUACAAUGACAUUUUAGAUGAUUCUGUGCUUCCAACUUUGUGGCAACAGUUUGGGGAAGCCCCUUUCCUGUUUCAGCAUGACAAAGCACAAAGCGAGGUCCAUACAGAAAUGGUUUGUCGGUAUGGAAGAACUUAACUGGCCUACACAGAGCCCUGACCUCAACCCCAUCGAACACCUUGUGGAUGAAUUGGAACGCCGACUGCGAGCCAGGCCUAAUCGCCCAACAUCAGUGCCGACCUCACUAAUGCUCUUGUGGCUGAAUGGAAGCAAGUCCCCACAGCAAUGUUCCAACAUCUGAUGGAAAGCAUUCCCAGAAGAGUGGAGGCUGUUAUAGCAACAAAGGGGGACCAACUUCAUAGUAAUCGCCGUGAUUUUAGAAUGAGAUGUUUGACGAGCAGGUGUCCACAUACUUUUGGCCAUGUAGUGUAUGACUUUGGUUUUACAAUCCUCUAUAGAAGCACAAUGUGCUUCACUUUUACACAAUAAAAUCGUUUGUCUAAUCUAUACAGGCUAGGAUUAACAUUCUUACUGUUAAACACUGCCGUAAAAAAUAAAAAAAAGACUGGGCUCUUUUCAAUAUGCAUUGCGGAAGUUCAGCUUUACAGCGUGAUUGAAAUUUGAAGGCAAUGUCAGCUUUAGUGGAGACUGCAUUUACCGUACCCACUGCAUAUCUAACGCUUCAGCUUUCCAGAUUGAUUAGAACCCUUACUGGGAGGAAAGACUGCUUUCACUGCUGCAAAUCUGGGAACUGAAAGAUACUACUCUUAAGUCAUGUAGCUAAAUUAGAGUUGUGCUCUUAACUGUUUAGUGUUGAGCUAAAUUGUGUUGUGGCUGAGUUCUAUUGGUGAUUAUUCGCUGUUUCUUGAACACAUCUGUUACUGAGUGCAGUGUUUAAUCGUGCUGGUUGUUGUUUUUAUGACGUGGUGAAAACACUUUGUUGUGAUGAUGAUGAUGAUAUAUUCUUUGGACGAGGUGUGAUUUUUAAAGAAGCACACCACAUUGUAGCAGUAUCAUUUUUCAAAGGUCUUGCUAUGUUUGUGCUGUUGACCACUGAAUAGGCUUGAAAAAUGAAGUACCAUCCAAUGGGAUAAUGGUUAAAGAAAAACAGUACCACUCAUGACUGUAGAUUUCUUUUAUCCAUUUUAUAUUUACCAAAUGGUGUUUAAAAAACAGAAUCAAGUUAUCUGAAUAACUGCACAAUAUGAGUAUUUUAAACCAGCUACCACCACUAUAAUAUACCACCACCUACUGCAUUUAGUGGUUGAUAACUUGAAAGGCAAUGAUGUGCUGUUGGGACUAAGUGUUACUGAAUAUUUAGGUGUUUUCAAAGCACGAUGUGGACUGUGGAACUCUACCUUUGAGUCACUGCAAUUCAGCAUUUUAGAUGAGACUGCUUUUCCUGUAUUAACGUACGUUUCAUGAGGAGUGUUCUCUUGGCCUCUUCUCGUAAAUGGGAAUGUACUAGGACACUGGGUGUUAAGAGUGUUCUCUUGGCCUCUUCUCGUAAAUGGG